AUGCCUGUCGUGACAUAUGAUAACCUUAUUUAUGAAAAUUGUGGCAAGGCAGGAUAUAUUGAGUGUACGAUUGCUUACUGGAUGUGGAGAAUUAUACCCGUCGUUCUACUUGGCGUUGGAUUCGUAGGAAACAUUUUCAACAUAGCAGUCUUGUCAAGAAAGGAGCUUCGAAAGAGGUCAAUAUGCGUCUACCUCAUAUUUCUGGCUGUAAGUGAUACUACAAUGUUAUGUGCAGAACCUCUUGUUCAAAUUGUGAGAAUUUUUUCUGGUAUUAAUAUUUCUACCCUUUCACCAGUUACCUGUAGCCUAUCUAUAUGGCUUGCCUAUUCAUCAGGCAGCAUAUCCUGUUGGCUCAUUGUACUAGUGACUGUCGAAAGAACACUACUAACGUUGUUUCUAGUGAACGCAAUGCCAAAGAUGACACCUCGAAACGCACUGAUUGCCUCAAUGACUGUAGUAAUAGUCAAUGCCUUAUACACUGGACACUUGCUUUAUGGUAUGACCAUUAUUGAAAUAAACGUAAACAUGACAAAGGUGAACAUGACAGAGGUGAACAUGAUAGACGUGAACAUGACAGAGGUGAAUAUGAUAGACGUGAACAUGACAGAGGUGAACGAAACAAAAUUUGAAAGCAUUGAAGCAUGCAUCCAGCGUCCAGGUGAAUACAUGGAGUUCUUCAAUACUGCAUGGAGUAUCAUGUUUACCCUAACUAAUUCUGUUGUGCCAAUAUGCUUCAUUGUGACUGGAAAUGCAAUUGUCGGAAUAUCCGUGAUUAAGCGUAGGCGAGCACUACGACAACACGCGGGUAGCAAUACAAGUAACAUUGCCAACCAAAUGCGUAGAAAUGGUUUCAGUACAAAGAUAUUCUUCGUCCUGUGUGGCGUAUUUAUCCUUACAACCGUGCCUUUUGGUACGUAUUUCAUACUUCUCAGGUACAACGUACACGUUAACGAACAUACCUUCGCACAGUAUCAGCUGAUAAACAUCCUGAUGAGGUCCUUAGUGUGGUGUAAUUUCAGCUUCAACUUCUUGCUGUAUUUUAUGACCGGAUCAUUGUUCAGGAACGAAUUCCAGAAAAUGUUACGAGGUGCAUGCAGAAAGUUUGUUAAGGAAAGAAUGUAA